GUGCGCAGUGUGCAUGUGGAGCGUUGUUGCAUCCGUGUGUGUGCUUGGCGAUUUGAGACACCCGAAAACGCAAUCAUGAAGGUCAUCGUGGUUGGCGGCGGCUUGGUCGGCGCCCUGGAAGCCGUUUACAUGGCCCGUCGUGGUCAUGAGGUGCACGUAUAUGAAGGCCGAACUGACAUUCGGAAGGAGCCUCGUUAUUCAGGCUUGUCCAUCAACUUGGCCCUCUCGGUGCGCGGCAUUGCGGCACUGCGAGAAGUUGGCGUCGAAGCAGAGAUUGUCAACGCUGGCAUUCCCAUGCACGCGCGUAUGAUCCACAGCCAUGAUGGCCAGCAGUCGAGCCAGCCUUAUGGUACUCAAGGACAGGCCAUCCGCUCCAUCGAUCGCCGCAACCUGAACGAGCACCUGCUCUCCGCUGCCGAGGGCUUGCCGAAUGUGCACUUGCAUUUUGAACAUAAGCUGCAACGUGCUGACACCAAGAGCAACACGCUUGUCUUCAAAACACCCAAGGGUGAAGUCAAGGCCACCGGUGAUUUGAUCAUUGGCUGCGAUGGUGCCCACUCUCAAGUCCGCCGCGGCUUGAUGCGCAGUGAUCGUGUCAACUACCAACAGCGCUACAUUCCCCAUGGCUACAAGGAGUUGACAAUCCCCCCUGGUCCCGAUGGCGACUUUCAAAUCAAGGCCAAUUUCUUGCACAUUUGGCCUCGCUCGACCUUUAUGAUGAUUGCGCUCCCCAACCAGGAUAAGACGUUUACCGCAACCUUGUUCAUGCCGUUUGACAAGUUUGAUUCGAUCAAAACAGCCGAGGAUGUGCUGGAGCUUUUUGAAGCCGAGUUUCCGGACAGCAUUCCCCUUAUUGGCCGCGAACGCCUGGUGAAGGAUUACUUUGAGAACCCAACUGGCACGCUCAUGACGGUCAAGUGCGAUCCUGUGGGCGCUCGUCGAACCAUUCUGAUGGGCGAUGCGGCGCACGCUGUUGUCCCUUUUUAUGGACAAGGCAUGAAUGCGGGCUUUGAAGACUGCCUCGUCUUUAACAACUUGCUUGAAAAGCAUGCAAAUGACAUUGAUGCUGCCGUGGCUGACUAUAGCCGCUCUCGAGUGGCUGAUGUGCAUGCUAUUGCUGAUCUGGCCCUGUACAACUAUGUUGAAAUGCGCGACCUGGUCAACUCGCGCUGGUUCCUCUUUCGAAAGAAGGUCGACAACUUCUUGCACGCGCUGAUGCCCAACACCUUUAUUCCCCUGUACACCAUGGUCACCUUUUCGCAAAUCCCGUACGCCACCGUGGUGGCACGAAGCAAGCAACAGGCACACACGAUUGACACUGCCCUGACUGCACUGGCUGCAACCGCUGUGGGCGGUGCCGCCCUGGCAGCCUGGCGCUACUGGCGGCUGUGA